AUGGUGCAGAUGUGGGAGAUUGUCGGGGGUGCGGACAAGGGCGGAAUCAUAGUCAGGGAUGGUGAGAAUACCAAGUCCAACCAGCUGGACGAUCGCCUUUCCACAGGGGCGCUCGUGGAGGAGGUGGAGCUGAAGGGCGAUCGUUUGCACUACCGGCUGGUCAUGGGCACCGGCCCUAUGGAUGGCUGGGUGAGCAUCAAGUUGAAGGACAAGGAAUUAGCUGUCAAGACUGACAAAGCUCCGCCCCCGCCUCCAACCGCAGUCGGCCCUAAGGGGGAGGCUCCGCUUCCCAUCGGCCUUUUUUUCCCGGGCCAAGGCUCCCAGUACGUGAAGAUGAUGGAGAGGGUCUUGGAGAUUGCUGCGGUGAAGGAGAUGGUGGAGAAGUCCAAACCCAUUUUGGGCUACGACAUCCUGGACAUCUGCUUGAACGGUCCUGAGGAGAAGCUUGAAGAGACACGCUAUUGCCAGCCGGCUAUGUUCAUUGGCGGACUUGCGGGCCUUGAGAAGCUGAAAGUGGACAAGCCGGAGGCUGUCUCUCGGGCAUCGGUCAUGGCUGGCCUCUCUUUAGGUGAGUACACCGCCCUGUGUGCCGCGGGCGUGAUGACCUUCGAGGAUGGCCUCAAGCUGGUGAAGCUGCGGGGAGAAGCCAUGCAGGAGGCUGCAACGUCGGGUGCCAAGAAGCAGCUGAUGCUCUCCGUUGCCGGCUUGGAGCGCUCCAAGUUGGAUCCACUGUGCCGCGAGGCGGCCGCCAAGGAGGAUGGAGGGGUUUGCUCGGUGGCAAAUUGCCUCUUCCCUCAAGGCUAUUCCAUUGGUGGCACUGAGAAGGCCAUCAACACUCUCAAGGAACUGGCGGAGAAGAACGGUGCACUGCAAGCGAAGGUUCUGAAGACGGCAGGAGCCUUCCACACGUCUCUGAUGCAGCCGGCUCAGGACAAGCUCUCGGCAGCCUUGGAAGAAACGCUCCCGAACAUGAAGCCACCGAUGCACACGGUGUGGAUGAACGCUUCGGCCCAGCCGAUCCGCCCAGGAACGGAUCCCAAGGAGAUCGUGGCCCUCCUGAAGAGGCAGCUCACAAACCCAGUUCUUUGGGAUGAUUCCGUCAAUGCUAUACUGAAGGAAGGUCUCAACGAGUUCUACGAGGUGGGCCCCAUGAAGCAGAUCAAAGCCAUGAUGAAGCGCAUUAACCAAACAGCCUGGAAAGCCACGACGAACGUGGAAGUCUGA